CCUGCCUGUCUGCAAGCCUUCCUCCUGGAAGUCUGCGACCUCCUUUGAACUAUGGGGGACCCACCGCCCGACCCUGAGCCCCGUCCCCAGCAGCCCUCAAGUCGGAGGAGUUCCCAGGUCUCCCAGCGGCGCAGUCGGGAACUCAGUCAGCCCCCGCCCACCAUCUCCGAGGAGGUGCCGCCGAUAGCCUUUGACGGCCGGGUCCUGCAGAGCGGUCAAGGGAUCCUGGCGAGCCAGACCAACCUCCAGGACUGGUCAUCAGGGCCCCCCCUGACCCAACAGGAGAUGUUCCAGGCUGAGGAAGCCCAGUUGGGUGGUGUAGAGUACACGUCCCUGAAUAUGGGCUUUCAGCCCCAACCUUAUCUGGAAGAAGGCGGGAUCCAGGCCGCCCGAAACGCCAGUCUAAUGCUGCAGCAACUACAGCAGGGCCAAGGCAGCCUCUUCCAGCAACUGGACUCUGCCUACCUGGAGACCCAGCCCAACUUCUUGGGCCAGUUCAACAUGUACCAGGGAGAAGACCUACAGUUCAACCAGGGUGCCCUGCAUGGGCCCUACAUGAGGGAUGACCCCGCCCUCCAGUACUCGCCCUCCGAGCUGGGCUUCAUGCCCUUCAGUAUGGAGGUGCCUGAGCCAGAGCCUCGGGAGCUGGCCGUACAGAAUGCCAAGGCCUACCUGCUGCAGACCAGCGUCAGUUGCAGCCUCAGCCUGUAUGAGCACCUGGUGAACCUGCUGACCAAGAUCCUGAACCAGCGGCCCGAGGACCCUUUGUCCAUCCUGGAGUCGCUGAACCGCACCACACAAUGGGAGUGGUUCCACCCCAGGCUGGACACCAUGCGGGACGACCCUGAGAUGGAGCCCAACUACGAGACGGCGGACAGGCAGAAGGCGCUAUUCCUUCGGAGCGGCGCCGCAGGCGAGGGCGAGCAGGAGAUGGAGGAGGAGGUGGCUGAGACAGCAGUACCCAACAUCAUGGAGACGGCCUUCUACUUCGAACAGGCUGGUGUGGGCCUGAGCUCAGACGAGAGUUUCCGCAUCUUCAUGGCCCUGAAGCAGCUGGUGGAGCAACAGCCCAUCCACACCUGCCGCUUCUGGGGCAAGAUCCUGGGGCUGAGCCGCAGCUACCUGGUGGCUGAGGUGGAGUUCCGGGAGGGCGAGGAGGAAGGGGAGGAGGAGGAGGUGGAGGAGAUGAUGGAGGGCGGCGAGGGUCUGGACACACACGCUGAGGAGGAGGGCGAGGAGGACGAGGAGAAGGUCACCGACGUUAUCCCCAAGCCCACGUGGAAGCCACCACCCGUCAUCCCCAAGGAGGAGAGCCGCUCGGGCACCAACAAGUACCUGUAUUUCGUGUGCAACGAGCCGGGCCGGCCAUGGACACGGCUGCCGCACGUCACGCCCAUCCAGAUCGUGCAGGCCCGCAAGAUCAAGAAGUUCUUUACAGGGUACCUGGACGCGCCGGUCAUCAGCUUCCCGCCCUUCCCGGGCAACGAAGCCAAUUACCUGCGGGCCCAGAUCGCCCGCAUCUCGGCCGCCACGCACAUCAGCCCGCUUGGCUUCUACCAGUUCGGCGAAGAGGAGGGCGAUGAGGAGGAGGAGGGCGGUGCGGGGCGCGACUCCUACGAGGAGAACCCCGAUUUUGAGGGCAUCCCGGUGCUCGAGCUGGUGGACUCGAUGGCCAACUGGGUGCAUCAUACGCAGCACAUCCUGCCUCAGGUGAGAUGGGGUGCUCACUAA